AUACAACAACUCUAUUGCUGUGCUGUGCUGCCUACGCCAUUUAUUUUUUGCAAGGGAAAAAAAAUUAACAAAACAGAAUUUAAAAUGCUAGCGCUAAUCAACAGAAUCCUGGACUGGUUUAAGAGCAUCUUCUGGAAAGAGGAAAUGGAACUGACGCUGGUCGGCCUGCAGUUUUCGGGCAAAACAACGUUCGUCAAUGUUAUUGCAUCCGGCCAGUUUGCAGAGGAUAUGAUACCCACAGUUGGUUUCAAUAUGCGCAAAAUCACCAAAGGCAAUGUGACCAUCAAGGUCUGGGACAUUGGCGGCCAGCCACGUUUCCGAUCCAUGUGGGAGCGCUAUUGUCGCGGCGUUAAUGCAAUUGUUUAUAUGGUGGAUGCGGCUGAUUUGGACAAGUUGGAAGCAUCACGCAACGAACUACACUCUCUGCUAGAUAAGCCGCAGCUGAAUGGCAUUCCAGUGCUCGUCCUGGGCAACAAACGUGAUCUUCCAGGCGCUCUAGAUGAAACUGGGCUCAUUGAGCGAAUGAAUCUGUCGAGCAUACAGGAUCGGGAAAUCUGUUGCUAUAGUAUUUCGUGUAAGGAAAAGGAUAACAUCGACAUUACGCUGCAGUGGUUAAUUCAGCAUUCGAAAAGCCAAAGUCGUUAGAGAAUAGCCUAACUUUUACACAUACACACACAACACACAGACAUACACAAACUUAGGCACUCGCGCAUACACUGAACAACUAUAUUAAUUUGCAGUAUCUAUCUAUAUAUAUAUAUAACUGUAUAACUUUACUUUGGAGUAGGCUGUUAAUUGAUGUCUGUGAGUGGGGCAAAAAACUAUUGCAAUGAUUGUUUACAUGUGUGUUUUGCGGGGGGAAUAUAAACUCGAAUUUUUAAGUAGUUCACAAAGUUAAUUCGCAGAGAAACAAAAUGCCAAUGGAUUCUGUUAAAAGUCUAGAUAAAUAUGCACACAUCUAACACGUACUCCCAAACAACAACAACAAGAAUAA